AUGGCAGGCCAGGGAGAGUUACGCUAUGUAUAUAGGCCCGAUUGCGCGCCCAACAUCGAGGCCCACACCCAUGAGCCCUCGUUCGGCUUUGAUUGUCUUGAAUGUGUGCUCGACGUAGAGCACCGCCGCACCGACGGUGUACGCAACUGCUCUGAGGGUGCUGAUGACCAUCCCAGGCGUGGUGAUGGUUGCAGCCCUCAUUGGCCUAGUAUCUUCUCGAUUCCUGGAAUCGGCGGCUUACCUGCCCAUCGCGUGCCUUCUGGACGAUGCAAGGGCGGUAAUGGAAGAGAAGAUGGGUCGCGUACAUCACUGCCACGUUUGGGAAGGGAAAUGAACAAGAGAAAAACUAAUUAA